CCUUUACACUAAGUAAAUAGGAAGAAAUAACUGACCAACUGAAUGCUUAAACGAUGAUCAUACAUUAUAACACAUGCAAUGUUGUAAGCUUUGGAGGUAAACAGAAUCCCAUCUGUUUACCAGUUCCACCCCUCACUACUGCUGUGAGUUUGAGAAAAUGAGCCCACCUUUCUGAAGAUCAUUUCUUUAUCUGCAUGGGGAAACUUUUAAAGAAACCUUCUUUAUAGGAAUACAUAAGAGAAUAACAGGACAGCUUAUCUCUUGGGGUAUGGGGAUUGCAGGGACAUCAAGGCUCUCCAGCUGGUUUUUUUCCCACCCACCUGCAAUUGGAUCUACUGUUGGUGAAGACAGGAAAGGGGGAAGAAAAACGGAACAGGAGGUCAGACCUUUCAACAGAGCCUGAAAUUCAUCAUCAACAUUCACAUCCCAGGGUCUGUACCCUCACUCAGUCUGCUUUUUUGUUUUCUAAGACAGGGUCUUACUCUGUCACCCAGGCUGGAGUAUGAGGUGCAAUCACAGCUCACUGCAGCCUGGACUUCCAGGGCUCAAGUGAUCCUCCCACUUCAGCUUCCUAAGUAGCUGGGACCACAGGUGUGUGCCACCAGGCAUGGCUAAUUUUUUUAUUUUUUGUAGUGAGAGUCUCCCUAUGUUGCCUCACUCAAUCUUGUACUCUCUCAAGUGAACCUUUCCCUUGAAUCAGAUUCCUGCCUCUCUUCUGACUCAAACUGAUGUUACCCAUGCAGGAUCUAUCUAACACAAGGCAGAGCUGAGGAGUCAGAGCCACAGUAUUCAGCUAGUUGAUGGCAGAAUCAAAACCAGAUGGAACCAAUGCUCCAGUCUUCUCAAUCCAGAGUUCUCUUCACUACAUCCCACUUCCUCUCUCAGCAAGAAAAUUCUUCCUUUGGGGAAAAAAAAUCACCUUUCUGAUUUUCAAAACUUCUGUUGGUUUCUAUCAAAAUGUAUUCCUAUGCAGGGCAAAAAAAUAACUGAUAAUAAUAAUAGUGACCAUAAAACAGGAGCAGCCACAACAUAAACAAAAACCUGGAUGAUGGUACUUUCACAUCUAUCUUUUGGUAAAGCCAGAACGUUCUGACCUCCAAAGCACUAUAAGUGACAAAAGAGAUGAAAAGAUGUCCUUAAAGCAGAAUAAAGUGAAGAGAGAUUUAUUACAUUGGGAGUUUUGUACCAAAAACAUCAAAUUAAACUUGGGUAAUUGAUUUUUUUAAUGCACUAUGUCACUACUUAACAUAUUUUCUUUCCCAAAAUAGUUCUAUAGGAGAAGACUUAUUGAAUGACUUUACAUAUGAUAAUUUGAUUUUAUCAUCAAACCAACUGUAAUUUGAAAAACGUGAACAAUGCAACAAAUUGCAAAAACUACAACCACAUGGGAAGUUACUGCACUGCAUUGUAGAUGCUUAGGAAGACAACAAAAUAAAUAUCUCAGUGCUUUCAUAUGACAUGGCUUAAAACCAAAGAGAAAAAAAAGAGGAUGAUUCGAUGGAGAUGAAAAACUGCACCAGUGUAAAAGAAUUUAUUUUCCUUGGCCUAACCCAGAAUCGGGAAGCUAGUUUGGUCCUAUUUCUUUUCCUACUCUUGGUGUAUGUGACGACUCUGCUGGGAAACCUCCUUAUCACGGUCACUGUCACCUGUGAAUCUCGCCUUCACACGCCCAUGUAUUUUUUGCUCCGUAACUUAUCUAUUGCCGAUAUCUGCUUCUCCUCCAUCACAGCGCCCAAGGUUCUGGUGGAUCUUCUGUCUGAGACAAAGACCAUCUCCUUCAACGGUUGCUUCACUCAGAUGUUUCUCUUCCAUCUUAUUGGAGGGGUAGAUGUAUUUUCUCUAUCAGUGAUGGCAUUGGAUCGAUAUGUGGCCAUCUCCAAGCCCCUGCACUAUGUGACCAUCAUGAGUAGAGACCGUUGCAUUGGGCUAACAGUGGCUGCCUGGGUGGGGGGCUUUGUCCACUCCAUCGUACAGAUUUCCCUGUUGCUCCCUCUCCCUUUCUGUGGACCCAAUGUUCUUGACACUUUCUAUUGUGAUGUCCCCCAGGUUCUCAAACUCGCCCUUACAGAUGUUUUCAUACUUGAACUACUAAUGAUUUCCAACAAUGGGCUGCUCACCACACUGUGGUUUUUCCUGCUCCUGGUGUCCUACGUGGUCAUAUUAUCAUUACUCAAGUCUCAGGCAGGGAAAGGCAGGAGGAAAGCCAUCUCCACAUGCACCUCUCACAUUACUGUAGUGACCCUGCAUUUCGUGCCCUGCAUCUAUGUCUAUGCCCGGCCCUUCACUGCCCUCCCCACGGAUAAGGCCAUCUCUGUCACCUUCACUAUCAUCUCCCCUCUGCUCAACCCCUUGAUCUACACUCUGAGGAACCAUGAAAUUAAAUCAGCCAUGAGGAGACUGAAGGGAAGACUCAUGCCUUCUGAUAGAAAAUAAAAACAAAAAAAAUCCUCAGCUCUUCAUCACCAAGGAUAUCUUAUCUUAUUUUUCUCAUAAAGUCAUAUUUAUAUGUUUAAAUAUAUUGUCAAUAAACCAACUACACUUAGUAAUAAUUAAUUUUUCUAUUUAUCUUAGUAAGUAACUGAUAAGCGUCUGGUCAGGAAGAGAGUCACACCCUCUAAUUGAAAAUAAACCAGAGCUCCCUCCUCUUCA